GCGGUGACAGCCAAAUGGUGCGACAGGAGGAGCUGCCGCCGCGGCCGCACAGCCCCGCACCGAGAGGUUCGAGGCGGCUCCUGUCGUCGCCCUGAGGCAGCGACUAAGCAAGAGAGUCCAGCGCGGGCGGGUGGCGGCGAAGGGGAUCCCGCUGCGAGUGUCCCGGCUCCCCGCCGCUCUCCAAGAACCGGGCGAAAUAAGCCGCGCCUCCAGCAGGGGCUGCGCCUCCAUGAAUCCCUAGGUUUUUUCUUUCUCUCCCCGCUCCUCACCCCCCACCCCGGAUCCCGUCCCGCCUUCUCCCUUCGCCCGCCAGCAGCGGCCGCGUCCAGGUGUGGAGUCCAGAGCGGAGCGCAAUGGCGUCCAACCCCGAACGGGGGGAGAUUCUGCUCACGGAGCUGCAGGGAGAUUCCCGAAGUCUUCCCUUUUCUGAGAAUGUGAGUGCUGUUCAAAAAUUAGACUUUUCAGAUACAAUGGUGCAACAGAAAUUGGAUGAUAUCAAGGAUCGAAUUAAGAGAGAAAUAAGAAAAGAACUGAAAAUCAAAGAAGGAGCUGAAAAUCUGAGGAAAGUCACAACAGAUAAAAAAAGUUUGGCUUAUGUGGACAACAUUUUGAAAAAAUCAAAUAAAAAAUUAGAAGAAUUGCAUCACAAGCUACAGGAACUAAAUGCACAUAUUGUUGUAUCAGAUCCAGAAGAUGUUACAGAUUGCCCAAGGACUCCAGAUACUCCCAGUAGUGACCCUCGUUGUUCCACCAGCAAUAAUAGACUGAUGGCCUUACAAAAACAACUGGAUAUAGAACUUAAAGUAAAACAAGGUGCAGAGAACAUGAUACAGAUGUAUUCAAAUGGCUCUUCAAAGGAUCGGAAACUCCAUGGCACAGCUCAACAGCUGCUCCAAGACAGCAAGACAAAAAUAGAAGUGAUACGAAUGCAGAUUCUUCAGGCAGUCCAGACCAAUGAAUUGGCUUUUGAUAAUGCCAAACCUGUCAUAAGUCCUCUUGAACUUCGGAUGGAAGAAUUAAGGCAUCAUUUUAGGAUAGAGUUUGCAGUAGCAGAAGGUGCAAAGAAUGUAAUGAAAUUACUUGGCUCAGGAAAAGUAACAGACAGAAAAGCACUUUCAGAAGCUCAAGCAAGAUUUAAUGAAUCAAGUCAGAAGUUGGACCUUUUGAAGUAUUCAUUAGAGCAAAGAUUAAAUGAACUUCCCAAAAAUCAUCCCAAAAGCAGUAUUAUUAUUGAGGAGCUUUCACUUGUUGCAUCACCAACACUAAGUCCACGUCAAAGUAUGAUAUCUACACAAAACCAAUAUAGUACCCUAUCCAAACCAGCAGCACUAACAGGUACUUUGGAAGUUCGUCUGAUGGGCUGUCAAGAUAUCCUAGAGAAUGUCCCCGGACGGUCAAAAGCAGCAUCGGUUGCACUACCUGGUUGGAGUCCAAGUGAAACCAGAUCAUCUUUCAUGAGCAGAACGAGUAAAAGUAAAAGUGGAAGUAGUCGAAAUCUCCUAAAAACCGAUGACUUAUCCAAUGAUGUCUGUGCAGUUUUGAAGCUAGAUAAUACUGUGGUUGGUCAAACUAGCUGGAAACCCAUUUCCAAUCAGUCGUGGGACCAGAAGUUUACACUGGAACUAGACAGGUCACGUGAACUGGAAAUUUCAGUUUAUUGGCGUGAUUGGCGAUCUCUGUGUGCUGUAAAAUUUCUGAGGUUAGAAGAUUUUUUAGACAACCAACGGCAUGGCAUGUGUCUCUAUUUGGAACCGCAGGGUACUUUAUUUGCAGAGGUUACCUUUUUUAAUCCAGUUAUUGAAAGAAGACCAAAACUCCAAAGACAAAAGAAAAUUUUUUCGAAACAACAAGGCAAAACAUUUCUCAGAGCUCCUCAAAUGAAUAUUAAUAUUGCCACUUGGGGAAGACUAGUGAGAAGAGCUAUUCCUACAGUAAAUCAUUCUGGCACCUUCAGCCCUCAAGCCCCUGUGCCUGCUACAGUGCCAGUGGUUGAUGUACACAUCCCUGAACUAGCACCUCCAGCUAGUGAUUCUGCAGUAACCAAAUUGGACUUUGAUCUUGAACCUGAGCCUCCUCUGGCCCCACCACGUGAUUCUUCCCUUGGAGAAAUAGAUGAAUCUGCUGAAUUAAGAGAUUUGGAUACACAAGGACAGGUUUCAGAAACAGUUUUUGAUACUGAGAAUGACAGAAAUAGACUACUUCCAAAACCUCAAUCUGAAUAUGAGCCUGAUAUUCCUCAAUCAGGCCUAGAAUAUAGUGGUAUUCAUGAACUUGAGGACAGAAGAUCUCAGCAAAUGUUUCAGUUUAAUCUACAAGACUUCCGGUGUUGUGCUGUCUUGGGUAGAGGGCAUUUUGGAAAGGUGCUUUUGGCUGAAUAUAAACACACUAAUGAAAUGUUUGCUAUAAAAGCCUUAAAGAAAGGCGACAUUGUGGCUCGAGAUGAAGUAGACAGCCUGAUGUGUGAAAAAAGAAUUUUUGAAACUGUGAAUAGUGUAAGGCAUCCCUUUUUGGUGAACCUUUUUGCAUGUUUCCAAACCAAAGAGCAUGUUUGCUUUGUAAUGGAAUAUGCUGCCGGUGGGGACCUAAUGAUGCACAUUCAUACUGAUGUCUUUUCUGAACCAAGAGCUGUAUUUUAUGCUGCAUGUGUAGUUCUUGGGUUGCAGUAUUUACAUGAACACAAAAUUGUUUAUAGAGAUUUGAAAUUGGAUAACUUAUUGCUAGAUACAGAGGGCUUUGUGAAAAUUGCUGAUUUUGGUCUUUGCAAAGAAGGAAUGGGGUUUGGAGAUAGGACAAGCACAUUUUGUGGCACUCCUGAAUUUCUUGCCCCAGAAGUAUUAACAGAAACAUCCUAUACAAGGGCUGUAGAUUGGUGGGGCCUUGGCGUACUUAUAUAUGAAAUGCUCGUUGGUGAGUCUCCCUUUCCUGGUGAUGAUGAAGAGGAGGUCUUUGACAGUAUUGUAAAUGAUGAAGUAAGGUAUCCACGGUUCUUAUCUACAGAAGCCAUUUCAAUAAUGAGAAGGUUAUUAAGAAGAAAUCCUGAGCGGCGCCUUGGAGCUGGUGAAAAAGAUGCAGAGGAUGUAAAAAAGCACCCAUUUUUCCGACUAAUUGAUUGGAGUGCUCUGAUGGACAAAAAAGUAAAGCCGCCGUUUGUACCUACAAUUAGAGGGCGGGAAGAUGUUAGUAAUUUUGAUGAUGAAUUUACCUCAGAAGCACCUAUUCUGACUCCACCUCGAGAACCAAGGAUACUUUCAGAAGAGGAGCAAGAAAUGUUCAGAGAUUUUGACUACAUUGCUGAUUGGUGUUAAGUUGCUACACACUGUGAAACCAAGCAGACUGACUCAUAAGAAGACCUCCUAAAAAUAGCAACCCUUCAUUUGCUCUCUGUGCCAACAAAAGCUUCUGAGUUUUUUUUAAACAUAUGAAGAUGUGUUUAAAAAUACUAUUCUAAUACCUUCUUGAAAAGUGGCUUUUCAAUGUAUUUUCAACGUAAAUCUGAACACUGGAAACAGUUUCAUGGAGUUUAAGCUGAAUGAACAUCGGCCAUGAAAAUCUAUUAGAAAUGAAUACUUUUGGAUCAAUAGUCUUAUUUUUUAAAAAAAGAAGAAACAACAAAAAAAACACUCUUCUACAGUC